GCAUCGCCCUUAGUAGUCGCCUCGACUUUGACGCGGGUGGACCGGGUUCGCUUGCAAAUUGCCGCAUAAAAAAUUGUUCCUUAUCACAUAUUUUUGUGUGUCGUCUCAGACAAAUUAAAAUGACACGUUAUCAAUGACUGGAGGCAAAGUAAAGUGAACGUGAAAACCUUGACAGUGCACAUGGUGCUGAGUGCGAGGGAGUUGGCUGCAACCAGUUUAUGUAAAAGUGCAAUAUGCUGCGGAAAGAACUUAGUUAGGCUACAAAAAUGCAAAUACUGAAUAAUACAUGCACGCCCGGGUCGAAAGACAAUAUAAACAAAACCUUAACUUCACGACAGCGAAUCUUGCAACUAUUGUCAUCGUCGAUGCCCGACUACUAGACCUAUUAACUAAAUAAAUACAUACAUACAUAUGUAUAUAUGUAAGUACGAGUGAACGUAAGAAAAAUAUUUGGGUGUAAUUAUAUUUUCGUGCAAAAAAUCACCAGCAAAUACAAGAAAAGACAACCGCAUCUGAAGAAAAGUCCAAAGAGCAGUAUCAAAAUAUCUUAACCGAAUUAUACAUGAUCACAGAUGAGUAAAGAAAUGCUUGGGUUUCCUAAUCAAACUUUACCUGGAAGAAACAUAUACAUCUUAUCUGAGUCACUCAUUGGAUGUAUCCCGUGACUUUUUUUUAUAAAAAUAUAAGGGCUGCAUAGCGCUGAAGCGAAAUAACAGUUAAGCCUGUAAAAUGCAAAAUGCCUCCAAAUCAGCAACAGGCGUUAUUGUUGCUAAAUAUUUCGAACGGCAUGUAUUCGUCUCCAGAGAACUAUGACUUAAGCAAAAAUACGAAAACUUCGUUAUCGAAUGUUACGGGUUCACUAGGUCCAGAUUUAAGCACCACUGUAACAUCUACAACUUUUGUAAGUGCCUCAACAAUUAACGACAGCCAAUUGGAGACGACCAAUGGGUGCGGCACCACGGCAGAUACUGAAAAGUUUUACUUGAGUCACUUUGGGGUACAACUGGCAGUGCCUGAAUGGGAAGCUAUAUUUACUACCCUAGUGCUCUCCAUUAUAAUAGUACUAACUAUAAUUGGGAAUAUACUAGUAAUUUUGAGUGUAUUCACCUACAAGCCCCUACGAAUAGUUCAAAACUUCUUUAUAGUUUCAUUGGCUGUAGCCGAUCUAACGGUAGCAUUACUUGUAUUACCGUUCAACGUAGCAUAUUCGAUACUUGGACGUUGGGAAUUCGGUAUACAUGUUUGUAAGAUGUGGCUAACUUGUGAUGUUUUGUGUUGUACAUCAUCAAUACUCAAUUUAUGCGCUAUUGCGCUUGAUCGCUACUGGGCCAUAACAGAUCCCAUUAAUUAUGCCCAGAAGCGUACAGUGGGUCGUGUGCUGUUGUUAAUAGCCGGCGUUUGGAUUCUAUCAUUAGUAAUUAGUUCACCACCGCUAGUAGGCUGGAAUGACUGGCCGGAUGAAUUUACGAGUGCCACGCCGUGCGAAUUAACAUCUAAUCGUGGAUAUGUGAUAUACUCAUCAUUGGGAUCGUUCUUCAUUCCCUUAGCAAUAAUGACUAUCGUGUACAUCGAAAUCUACAUUGCAACCAGACGAAGACUGCGCGAACGCGCCAAAGCUUCUAAAAUAAAUACUAUGGCAAUGAAGAGUGGUGAUAUGGACACCCCAGCCGAGACCAAUGCAAGUGCCAGACGUGAAAGCUACGCGCUGAGCUCUUUUUGUUUGACCAUAUUGAGUUGCGGCAAAUCCUCUACGCAGUCAACAUCGUCAGUUACGAUACAAAAUGAUCCAGACUCAGUUAGCAGUGAGACGCAUGCAAAUAACGAAAUACAGAGUGCGGAUAGUAAACAGGAAACAGAGCAACAACGUACAGUUGUUGCGACACAACGAAAGAAAAAUCGACGCGCAAAAAUUAAGGAUUCAAUUAAGCAGGGAAAAAUGCGAGUAAAAAAAGAACAACAAAAACCAAAAAUCGCUGAUGAACCAAACGACGAGAAAAACAAUGAUUCUGUUGACUUAGUUGGCACGAAACAAUUACUGCUCAUGGUAGCCGAAAGACAAGAAUUGAAAAAUUGUGAAAUUUCAACAAGUAAGCAGAAAGUCGGCUCCGAGUGCACAGAACCAAUCGAUUCAAACAAUGAUGAAAACACUUCACUCAAAAUAACGCCCCCACAAUCUUCAACAGGCGCCACAUCCACUGUUGCAAUGACGUUACAAAAGAAACCCGGUGGCGUAUACCAAUUCAUUGAGGAAAAGCAGAAGAUAUCACUGUCAAAGGAACGACGAGCUGCACGUACACUGGGCAUUAUAAUGGGCGUGUUUGUUAUUUGUUGGCUGCCUUUCUUCCUUAUGUACGUCAUCCUGCCUUUCUGCGAGACUUGCUGCCCAACAAACAAAUUCAAGAAUUUCAUUACAUGGUUGGGCUAUAUAAAUUCGGGACUAAAUCCAGUUAUAUAUACAAUAUUUAAUUUGGACUAUAGGCGAGCCUUCACAAGACUUCUCGGAUUUAAUUAGAAAGGAAUCAUAACUGUUAAUAAUACUAAAUGUCGAUAUAGUUUUACUUGUUUGAAUGCUAUUAAUAAUGUAUACUCGUAUGAAUACGUUAGUACAUAUAUUAUGAUAAUUUGUAUGUUUUUUGUAUAGACAAAUGAAUAACUUACUUUAUAGAAAAGUUUAUUGUUGUAGUGAACCAACUGUUAUCCUCUAUAGCUUGCAAGCUCAUUGUUAAUAGAUUAUAUAAAUAAUUUGUAUAAGCAAUGACAAAUAUAGAAAUAUAGUACAUACAUAAUAUGUAGAGUAAAUCGAAAUUAAUCACAGUUUUUCAUUGCACAUGGUGCACCAUAACUAGAAGAUUUGCUAUAUUUUUAAAAACAUUACUAAUUUGUGUACCAAUAGUUCGAUUUUAAAACGUUUAACUAUUAUACACUGUAAUUUUCUUACUAGAUUUGGAUCUUAAGGUUAUUAUCAUUUAUUAACACAUUUUUCGAUAGUGUACAUAAAAAUUUUAAGGGGCAUUUUUUUAAAACAAGGUACUAGAUCGAAUGUUUCGAAGUUUUUUGGACAUAAUAAGGUAUAUUUACAGAACAAAAAUAAUUGAAAAAUCUCAAAAAUUAACAAAAU